AUGUCACGUAUCUUGACCUCAAUUUUUAUUUUGGCUCUUGUUCUUGAAUUAGAAGCGAAGUUGAAGAAAGCAUCACCGCCUCAUUGUACUCAAGUCGCUAAAGAUACCGACUAUGUAUCCCGCUUCAAGAUGGAUUAUCCUAUUAUGUAUCUUGUACAAGGACAACGGGAAGCAUUUCAACAAAUGUACUGCAUAAACCCAUCGGAAGUGAAUAAGGCUGUGACAACAGUUUGCGACUGGGCCGCUCCACCUCAGGUGCAGUUCACACUAGGCGACGAGUACAUGCACGUGGUCCGUCAAGAUCCGACCGGGCAUUUCCUGGGCAACGCAGUAAUAACAACGUAUCAACUCUGCAGCCAUAACAUACCACCACACAGCAUGCUUAAUCAAACUCUUCUGCCUAUCGUUACCAAAUUGGAAUCUUAA